CGGAUGAAGUCGCGCCAAGCAUUCGUCUGACACGUGCAUCGCUUAAAUCAGCAGUUGCUGUUAGUCGUAAAACAAGAAGAAAUGGACCCAAAACAGCCACCAUUCCCUGGUCCACCAUACGGCAGAGGUGUUGCUCGUUCCAUCAGUGAGCCUCUGGUUGGUAAGGUGGAAGAGGGAGGUUUCGGAAGAGGCAGAGGAUUUCUAAUGCCCAUUUCUGAGCCCACUAUUGGGAUGGGCAGAGGGGCUGUGCCUGCCAUGGACAUUAAAAGAGCAGAUAUAGCAGAGGAGAUGCCUGAACUUCAGGCAGAAGAGCCAGAGGUGACCCCAGUGAUAAGCAAGGUCGAUGUUCCUAGACCAGCAGAGUCAUCCCUGUUGUCCAUGUUCAGAGGGAUGGGCAUUGAGCUGGGAAAAACAUGGGGCAGGGGAGCAGCGCCCAUUGGACGGGGGGCAAUGGGCGAUUUUGGAGCAGGUGUUCAGUCUGUGAUGAGCCCCGUUGGGGCAACAGCUUUGGGUCCAGAAAAAGAAGAGGAAACCAUCAGUUUUGUUGGUAGAGGAUUUGCUGGUCUUGGUAGAACUGCAUUGCCUCACAUGGGUGUAGGUCGUGGCCCGACUUCCCCACUCGGCCUUGUGUCCCCUAUUCCUGCCCCUUCGUACAUGGCGGCUGCGCCCUCUGUCUCUGAAGAUGCCCCAGCUCCUCCAGGAACACCUCCCAAAGAAGAAGUAAAACCCGAACCAGUGGGUUUUCUCGGCAGAGGAUUUGUUGGUCUUGGUAGAACUGCAAUGCCUCAGAUGGGUGUAGGUCGUGGCCCGACUUCCCCACUUGGCCUUGUGUCCCCCAUGACUGCCCCUUCAUCACUGCCAGCUGUGUCAUCCGUCUCUGAAGAUGCCCCAGCUCCUCCAAAAACACCCCCUAAAGUGGAAGUGACAGUCGAAACAGUGGGGGAGCCGCUGAAGAAAGCCGGCACUAAAGGCAAUCCUAUAACCAUUGGAUCAAACUACAUUCCCAUCUGCUGUAAAAACGAGGCCGUGUUUCAGUACCAUGUGACUUUUACCCCAAACAUCGAGUCUCUUUCUAUGCGCUUCGGUAUGAUGAAGGAUCAUCGAUCAUCAACAGGAGAGGUGGUGGCAUUUGAUGGGUCCAUCCUCUACCUGCCCAAACGUCUUGAUGAGGUUGUACAUCUUAAAGCUGAGAGAAAAACAGACAACCAGGAGAUCGACAUCAAGAUUCAGUUGACAAAGAUUUUGCCUCCCAGCUCUGAUCUGUGUAUCCCCUUCUAUAACGUCGUCCUGAGGAGAGUGAUGAAGAUAUUGGGCCUGAAACUGGUGGGCAGAAACCACUACGACCCCAACGCUGUUGUCAUUCUGGGCAAACACAGGCUGCAGGUGUGGCCCGGGUACUCCACCAGCAUCAAACAUACUGAUGGUGGUCUCUAUUUGCUAGUGGAUGUGUCGCAUAAGGUGCUGCGUAAUGACUCUGUGCUGGACAUCAUGAAUGUGAUUUACCAGGAGAGUCGAGAGAGCUUUCAGGACCAAUGCACAAAGGAGUUCGUCGGCACAAUCGUUAUCACACGCUAUAAUAACCGCACUUAUCGCAUUGACGACAUUGAGUGGUCCAAGUCUCCCAAAGACACUUUCACCUUGGCUGAUGGAUCAGUGACCACGUUUGUUGAAUACUACAGGAAAAACUAUGGCAUUACAAUAAAGGAACUGGACCAACCACUUCUCAUCCAUCGUCCAAAGGAGAGAUCCAAACCCAGAGGAAAGGUUAUAACAGGUGAGAUUCUGCUGCUUCCGGAGCUCUCCUUCAUGACCGGCAUUCCCGAGAAGAUGAGGAAGGACUUUAGAGCAAUGAAGGAUCUGACCAUGCACAUCAACGUGGGAGCCGAGCAGCACACCCAGAGUUUGAAACAACUGCUGCAGAACAUCAACACCAAUGAUGAGGCUCUUCAUGAGCUGGGGCGAUGGGGUCUCAGCAUCAGUCCAGAGAUCCUGGUGACUCAAGGAAGAACUUUGCCCCACGAGACCAUCUGUCUGCAUUCGGCCUCCUUCGUCACAUCAUCAUCAGUGGACUGGUCCAGAGAGGUGGUUCGAGACCCCUCCAUCAGCACCGUCCCUCUGAGUUGCUGGGCUAUUUUCUAUCCUCGACGGGCAGCGGAUCAGGCAGAGGAGUUGGUGAGCACCUUCUCACGUGUGGCCGGACCCAUGGGCAUCAGAAUCGAGCGACCCGUCCGUGUUGAACUACGGGAUGACCGGACCGAAACCUUCGUCAAGAGCAUUCACUCUCAAGUCACCAGUGAACCUCGGAUGCAGCUGGUUGUGUGCAUUAUGACGGGGAACAGAGACGACCUGUACAGCGCCAUCAAAAAGCUCUGCUGUAUUCAGAGUCCAGUACCAUCACAGGCCAUCAACGUGCGGACCAUCUCCCAGCCUCAGAAGCUCCGCAGCAUCGCUCAAAAGAUCCUUCUGCAGAUUAACUGUAAACUGGGAGGAGAGCUGUGGACAGUCAGUGUUCCUCUGAAAUCUCUGAUGGUGAUCGGAGUUGAUGUCCACCAUGAUGCCAGCAAAAAAAGCAGAUCUGUCAUGGGCUUUGUGGCAAGUCUCAACAGCAUGCUGACCAAAUGGUACUCCAGAGUUACUUUUCAAAUGCCUCAUGAAGAGAUCAUCAGUGGCUUCAGAGUCUGUCUGCUUGCCGCCCUUCAAAAGUUCUACGAGGUGAACCACACCUUCCCAGAGAAGAUCGUCAUCUAUCGGGAUGGCGUGUCAGACGGACAGCUGAAGACCGUGGAGCUUUACGAGAUCCCACAGGUUCUGAAAUGCUUCGAGACGAUACCAAACUACGAGCCAAAGCUGGCUUUCAUCGUGGUCCAGAAACGAAUCAGCACCACCUUGUACUCCUACGGUUCUGACCACUUCGGCACACCUUCACCAGGAACUGUGCUCGAUCACACAGUCACAAACAGAGACUGGGUGGAUUUUUACCUGAUGGCUCAUUCAAUUCGUCAGGGUUGUGGCCUGCCCACUCAUUAUAUCAUUGUCCACAAUACAGCCAACCUAACCCCUGACCACUUACAAAGGUUGACAUUCAAGAUGUGUCAUCUUUAUUGGAAUUGGCCAGGAACAAUCCGCGUUCCUGCACCAUGCAAAUAUGCACAUAAAGUAGCCUUUCUGUCAGGCCAGUACCUGCAUUCGGAACCAGCAAUCCAGCUAUCAGAAAAGCUGUUCUUUCUGUGAGCGAGCCCGCAAAGAUUGUUACCAUGACCACGGAGGAGUGGUCUUCGUGUUUGAUUUCUUGUUUUAUUGUUCUUAAAAAUUUUCUAUUAGAGG